AUGCCUUCUUCAAGGCUUCUGCUCGGUAAAGUGGCCGCGAUAACUGGAGGAUUGACAGGCAUCGGCCGUGCCAUUGCUAUCGAAUAUAUCAGACAAGGGGCCUGUGUAGCUGUUAACCACCUCGGAUUAGACUAUGAAGAGACUUUGAUCUCAUCUCUGAAGCAAGAGGUCACCGAUAUUAUUGCUUCAUCAGAUGGCGAAGAGAUUUUGUCCAAACCGAGACUCAUCACAGUCGCAGGAGAUGUCUCUCUGCCGGAGACAGGAAGUUAUUUUAUUAAAGAAACAGCCUCCGCAUUUGGUCGAUUGGACAUAUUCGUCAGCAACGCUGGAAUAUGUGAAUUUAAGGAAUUCCUAGAGACCUCGCCUACGCUCUUCAGCCAGACGGUGGCCGUCAACUUGGGCGGUGCAUUCUAUGUCACCCAAGCAGCCGCCCGUCAGAUGGCACUCUCGCAGUCCCCGCCAGGAGGGUCAAUAAUUGGGAUUUCAUCCAUCUCAGCCCUUGUUGGCGGAGGCUUACAGGCGCAUUACACUCCGACCAAAGCUGGGAUAUCGUCCCUCAUGCAGUCUUGUGCUAUUUCACUGGGGAAGUACGGCAUCAGAUGCAAUGCCUUGCUGCCUGGAACAAUACGCACAGGGUUAAAUGAAGAAGACCUGAAAGACGAUGAGAAGAGAGCAUAUAUGGAAGGGAGAGUGCCGCUAGGCCGACUAGGAGAGCCCAAAGACUUAGCCGGGCCUGCUGUUUUUCUGGCCUGCAACGAGUUAAGUGGCUAUGUGACCGGUGCACAGCUUCUAGUUGACGGGGGAAUGUUUGUAAAUCUCCAGUAG